AAAUUGCUGUUAGGUGCACUAUGCUUUGUAAAACUGCACUCAUUCACUCACUCACAUACUCAGGUUCCAUAAUAUUCAAUGCUCACAGCACAACAGAGAGUCUUGAGAGCUGGUCAACUACAAGCGCCGAUCAUUAAAAAGGCUGUUUGUUCUGUAGUGAGUCAGUAAGUGCUGAUCGAGCUUGUUUCAGUCUACCUGUUGUUUGUUUGGAGUGGUGAAUGCACCAGCACUUGUGUUACUAUACUCUACUGAACUUGCAACAGGCAUUAAACUGGAUGAUUACGGAAUGGAUCGGCUACUGAAGAGAUGCCACAUCAAGAGUCAGCUGGUCAGAGAAUGCCUCGCCGAGUUUCUUGGAGUGUAUGUAUUGAUACUGUUUGGCUGUGGCUCAGUCGCUCAGGUGACAACAUCUGAGAACACUAAAGGAGAAUACCUGUCAAUCAAUCUUGGAUUUGCACUUGGCACUACGUUUGGAAUCUAUGUGUCAAAAGGAGUAUCAGUUGCUGUGAAGUUUGACUUAAAAGGCCAAGCAGAAGAAGAAAACCAUUUAGACAUUUAUUUUGUCUACACAUCUGUAGAUCCAUGCAGGUUUACAUGCAGGUUCUCAUGGGCCCGGCUUCCGUUCUAUGUCCUCGCACAGAUUUUCGGGGCCUUCCUGGCGGCAGCCACUGUUGCUUUGCAGUAUUAUGAUGCCAUAUUUUAUUACAGUGGGGGGCACCUUACAGUGAGUGGGGCCACUGCCACAGCAGGUAUAUUCUCUACUUACCCUGCAGAGUAUCUGAGUCUUUGGGGAGGAGUAGUAGACCAGGUGAUUGGCACGGCAGCCCUCCUAGUGUGUGUUCUGGCGCUGGGUGAUGAUCACAACACUCCAGCCCCUCCUGGUCUGGAACCUGUUCUGGUGGGAGCAGUUGUCAUGGUAAUUGGAAUCUCAAUGGGCUCAAACAGCGGCUACGCCAUCAACCCUGCACGAGACCUUGGGCCUAGAAUCUUCAGCUGCAUUGCUGGCUGGGGUGGUGAGGUUUUCAGGGCUGGAGAUGGAUGGUGGUGGGUGCCCCUAGUGGCCACUUGUGUUGGUGGCCUUGUGGGUUCAUUGAUUUAUGAGUUGCUGAUUGGCGUACACCACCCUGAGCCAGACAUCACUAAGGUGAAGGACAAGUGGCAGGAAUCGGACCUGAAAGUCGUGCAGCUGGAAAAACCUAAAGAGGUCACCAAAGAGUAUCUGGAGGAGGCUAUGUGAGGUAGCCAAGCGAUGGAGGGUGAGGCCUAGAUUCCUUUGACCUUAAAGGGGAUUUCCUCUCAUUCGUCCAAAAUUUCUGCAAAGUCGCUGAGAUGUAAAUAGUCAUUCUGUGUGGUUUGAUGUGAAAUGAAAUUUCUUUACAGUGGUGGAGAUAGGAACCAGGGGUUGUAAUGUUCAAACCUAAAUAUAGUCAUUUCAUUCACAAUCCAAAACCAGGUGAUUCUACUCGUUGUUCGAGUUUAUAUGUAAUGCUGAUAAUGGUAAAAUAGUAGUAAAUCUAAAAAAAAAAAAA